AUGGCUGAUAGACGGCGCAUUAACGGCCCCGCAAGCGGCACCGCUAUACCAAUCUUUACUCCUUCAAUAGCUGGAGCACACACUUUGCAGCGCACCAGGAAGCCCAAUCAACUUCGCAAAAUUUAUCUUCAACCAGGUGUCGUACCUACCGCUUCAGGCUCUGCCUAUCUAGAGCUCGAAAGUCUCUAUCACCCUUCUUCAUUUCUCAAUGCAGUACCCUCAUCGCUGAAACUUUCUUGCGUAAUCCAUGGCCCCAAACCGCUUCCGCGCAAUGCCAAUUUCUCCUCAAAUUUGCAGUUAACUAUCAACAUCAAGUUCGCUCCCUUUGCUACUAGGCAACGCCGAGGCUACAUACGAGAUGUGACGGAGAGGGACAUUGGAACCCAUGUUGGAACAGCGCUGUGUGGCGUUAUCAUCCCGGACAGGUGGCCCAAAAGUGCGAUUGAUAUUAUCAUUACCAUUCUCGAGGCUGAAGACGAUGUUCAAUGGGGCUCGGGAACACAGCAACAAAAUACAGUCGGAGGCCUUGGCAACAUGAAUGUUGUAUCUGGUUGUAUCACUGUCGCAUCUGCAGCUCUUAUGGAUGCCAAGAUAGACUGCCUGGAUCUUGUUACAGGUGGUGUUGCUGCUGUUGUCCCAAAAGACGAUGGAAAAUUUGUACACCAUCUUGAUCCUUCUGUGAUUGAAGAACCGUUCCUCAAUUCACUGUGCGUUGUGGGGUACAUGCCUGCGAGAGACGAGAUGACAUUGGUCUGGACUAGAGGCAAUAUUCCCUCCUACAGUGAUGGGCAGAUGUGUAGAUUCGAUAGUUUGUUGGAUAGCGCUGUCAACGCAGCCAAAGGCGCCCAUGUUGUUCUGAGACAAGUUGCAACAGAACUGGCACAAGCAGAGUCCACGAGGCUCAUUAUUGAUGAAUCCAAGACCUGA